CACAAUAAACGACACGUCGUUUCAUCUUCUCCGUGCUAAAGUUAAAACGGGCACAGCCAGAGAGGCUCCAUAGCAGAAGCAUGGUUCAACUUCAUGCAACUUUCUCUUUCAGCAACUCUCCCAAAUUCUCAGGUUCUUCUCCCAAACGUCCCCGUUUCUCUCCCACAUCCUCAAGCCUCUCUCCAAAACGUCACCGUUUCAGUGUCGAAUAUCUCAGAGCAAAUCUCCUUGGCACUAAUUUAACAUUUAAUUGUAAGGCCAAUGGAGGAGAAUUGGAUCCCUUGCCUCACUUGCAGACUCUCAGAACAUUUCCAAGGGAGGAGCUUGCUGCAAAAGUUGUCCUGGUCAGAUUUGACUCUGCCCAUUUGCUUCAUGAACAUGUGGAACAACACAGAUUCCAAUCCGAUGCAGUAUUAACGAUUAAGUAUUUAUGCCAAUCCGGGGCUAGAGUAGUUCUUGCUAGUGAUUGGAGUGUUAAAACUAAUCCUAAACUGAGUGUUGCACAGUCUGUUGCAGAUUUUUUGUCAUCUCUUGUCGACUACAAAGUUGCUCCGGUGCAAUGUAUUUCUAACCUGGCAUCAAAGGUGGAAGGUUUUGAGAAAGGAGAUAUUGUUCUUCUUGAGAAUCUUUCUGAGUUUAGAGGGGAAGUUGCCAAUUGUUCAAAAUUUGCUCAAGUAUUGUCAUCAGGAGUUGAUAUUUUUGUUAAUGACUACUUUUCCCGGUCUCAUAAGAUGCUUGCAUCCACCUGUGGAGUUGCUCGCUUCUGCCAUGGAAACUUAGCUGGUUUUCACUUUGAGAAGAGCCUAUCUCAACUUAGAAGGGCUGCAGAAACUGACACAAAACCUUAUGUAGCAAUUAUUGGUGGGGGUAAUCUCUCUGAUAAAGCAGCUGCUUUGCACUCCUUAGCUUCAAUAUGCGAUGGGUUAGUCUUUGUUGGAAUGAUGUCAUUUCAAAUAAUUCACGCCUUAGGGAUAUCUGUUCCCUUGAAUUUCUUGGAACAUGGGGCACUUAAAGAAGCUUUAGAUAUAGUCCAGGUUGCACACAAUAGAAAUGUACAGAUACUAUAUCCAAAAGACUUUUGGUGCAAGAAUGAUUCUCUUCCGAAGCAAUUGGAAAUAUUUCCUGCUCAUGGUAUUCCAGAUGGGUGGGUACCUAUUGAUAUUGGGCCUGUAUCGUUGGUUGAUAUAAACUCCACGCUUACAAAGUGCAAGAAAGUCACUUGGAUUGGUCCAGUAAAAUUCCGUAUGAGUAACUGCACAAAAGGAGCUUCUAUACUGGCCCAAAUGCUGAAUCAACUAAGUCAAAGCAACUGCAGUGUAACUGUUGUUGGGAGUAUGGCAUGCGAAGCAAUGGUGAAGGAAUCAAAUUCUGUCUCUCAUUUGACCACGAUUGAGAAUGCUUCAGUUGUAUGGGAGUUUCUCAAGGGAAGAAAACUUCCGGGGGUCAUGGCCUUAGAUAGGGCAUACCCUUUUGAUAUUGACUGGAUUGCUGCCUAUUCUGAUCCAGCUCAACCUUUGGAAGUUGAUAUUGGAAGUGGUAAUGGAAUGUUCCUUUUCGGGAUGGCCAAAAUAAGGAAGGAUUUGAACUUUCUUGGUUUGGAGAUGAAUAAAAAGCUUGUACAACGUUGCCUGGAUUCUGUUCACCAGUCUGGUAUACGAAACGGGUAUUUCAUCGCAACAAAUGCAACAUCAACAUUCCGUUCGAUUAUCUCUAGUUACCCUGGAAAGCUAGUUCUUGUGUCAAUACAGUGUCCGAAUCCUGAUUUCAGUGAACCAGAACAUAGAUGGAGUAUGCUGCAAAGGUCAUUAGUUGAAGCAAUUUCUGAUCUCCUUACAGCUAAUGGAAAGGUCUUUCUGCAAUCUGACGUAGAGACCGUCUCUGUGAGAAUGAAAGAACAGUUUCACAAAUAUGGUAAGGGAAAGCUUACUGUUCUGCGUGAACAAAGUUAUGUUGUAACGAAUGCAGGGUGGCUUAAGGAGAACCCCUUUGGAGUUCAGUCAGAUUGGGAACGACAUGUCUUGGAUCGUGGGGCUCCUAUGUACAGAUUGAUGCUUCAUAAAUCAAACUCUAGUGAAAGAAGUGAUUGCAGUUAAUGAUGUAGGAAAAUGGCAAGCCUUUUACCAGUGGAGCUAAAUGGGGUAUAGUCUAACUGUGCAGUGGUCUAGACUCAUUUCUCAAUCACAUCUAUUUCUCCCAGCAAUGCUGUCAUUUUAUGGUCGUAAGCCAGCAACAAACGGGUGGCAACAGAUAGUGCAACUGCUAUAAAUAUUUUUUUUACGUUGAGUUUAUUAGCGUCAAAUUGCUGUGCUCUGUUCUAUAACAUAAUCAAGUUGAAUUUAUUGAAAAUUGUCAGUCAAGUGAAUAUGCUGAACUAAUAUGCACAGUUUGCAGGGAUGAACAACUUCCCGAGUUAGAGAGAUGGUGGCGGAUCGACGCUAUUGAUGAAGCACAUGCAGUAUCAAAAGAAUAGGGACCAAAUAUGGUUUGAGAACAUGCAUGUCGGAAGCUUAGCAUCGAUCUUCCCUGCUGGUGUCUGUAAAGCAAAGGAACCACAUUGUGGACAAGCAUCAACAGUAGUUAUCUGAAGUUACCAUCUUUGUCAUUUCGAUCAUUAUAUCUGCAUUUGUAAUCACUGACACUUGUUUAUAACAAUUUUGAAUGUAAGUUCAGUUUAUACCGUAUAAAUUUGCACGUUUUGGGAUA